AUGACUUUCAGGACGGCCCUGCUGCAGUACAGCAGCCGUUCGCUGACGGAGCAGACGUUUGCACAGUGGCAGGGUGUGGCACACUUCCGCACGCACAUCCGGGACAUCCCUUACAUCGGCCAGGGCACCUACGCCACCUACGCCAUCACCAACCUCACACACCUCUACCUCCAAGAGUCACCCACCACUGCCGUCAAGGUGACACUGCUGAUGACGGACGGCCUGUUCCACCCGCGGAACCCCGACAUCUUCUCGGCGGUGGCAGACGCCAAGAACCAGGGCGUGCGCUUCUUCAUGGUGGGCAUCACACCCGCCGCCAACGAGCCGUCAAACGUGCAGCGCCUGCGCAUGCUCGCCAGCUCCCCUUCCGACCGCUUCCUGCACAACCUGCAGGACAAGAACAUCCUGGACAAAGUCAUCAAGGAGAUCACGGAGUUGGCAGAGGAAGCGUGUCCUGUGGCUGCAGCUAACUGUGCGUGUGAGAGGGGAGAGAGAGGACCCCCCGGGCCUGCUGGGAAAAAGGGCCGACCAGGUGAUGACGGCAACCCAGGACUUAAAGGGCAGAAGGGAGAACUUGGAAUAGCUGGUCUUCCGGGUCGUUCUGGGGGUGAAGGCAAACCAGGAUACAAAGGAGAAAGGGGCGAGAGGGGAGAGUGUGGCACACCGGGCAUCAAAGGAGACAGAGGGCCUGAGGGGCCAGUUGGUAUUCGUGGAAGCAGAGGCCCCCAGGGUGUGGCUGGUCCCCAAGGUGACAUUGGCCCUGAGGGGCCCUCAGGGAAAAAAGGAGAGAGGGGACUUUCCGGCCCACCUGGCAUACAGGGUCUUCCAGGCGUUGGUCUUCCUGGUCCAAAGGGUGAUAUUGGCUUCCAAGGAAGACAGGGGCCUCCCGGUCCACAAGGUCUUGGAGAACCAGGGCCACCAGGGCCCCAAGGGCCACAGGGUGUGCAGGGGGAGAAGGGGCCCUUAGGAGAAGGCUUUCCUGGACCAAAGGGGGAACGUGGUCAAGACGGGCCAAGGGGUCCUAGAGGGGGACCUGGAAUCAGCCUCAAAGGAGAUAAGGGUGACUUUGGCGCACCGGGGCCUUCAGGUCCACUUGGUCCACCAGGAGCGGGAAUCCAAGGAGAGAAGGGGGCAGAGGGACCGAGGGGGCCUCCUGGACUUCGGGGACUACAAGGCGAGGGCUUCCCAGGACCAAAGGGAGACCAGGGGUUGCCAGGGGAGGUUGGAUCACCGGGGGAGAGAGGAGCAGGAGAACCUGGGCCUAAGGGUGAGCCGGGGUCAGCUGGGUUUGCUGGGGUGCCCGGUCUUCCAGGAGAGGAUGGGGCUCCGGGUCAGAAGGGAGAACCAGGGUUGCCAGGUUUUAGAGGAACUGAAGGGCCACCAGGAAUCGGCACUCAGGGAGAAAAGGGUGACCAAGGCCAGCGGGGUGUGAGGGGUUUGUCUGGGCCAUCUGGCAUUCCUGGACCUUCAGGGCCAAAGGGGGAGCCAGGUGCUUCUGGCCGCAUGGGCUUUCCAGGGCUGCCGGGGCGCUCUCUAGCUGGGCCGAAGGGUGACGUUGGCCCACCUGGUCCAUCUGGCCCGGUUGGGGAGACCGGCUAUGGACUUCCUGGUCCAAAAGGUGACCGUGGUGACUCUGGUCCUUCAGGUCCAUUCGGGCCCAAAGGGGAGGGCUAUCCUGGCCCACAGGGCGCUCCUGGUCUUCCUGGGCUUCCUGGAGAGCCCGGACCAGAAGGACUGGGCUUCCCUGGACCAAAGGGCGAUGUGGGCUUCAGGGGGUUGCCAGGUUCACCCGGACCACCAGGAGAAGGACUGCAGGGACCACCAGGUCCUCAGGGAAGACCAGGGCCUCAGGGGCCAACAGGGCCUCAAGGAAUCGGCCUGCAGGGGCCAAAGGGAGAGCCUGGAUCUCAGGGGGUGACAGGACCGAGGGGACCAACGGGAGAAGGCUUCCCAGGGGCCAAGGGUGAUCGGGGUUCCCAGGGCGAGAGAGGUCUGAAGGGGCUGAAGGGAGAUCUGGGAGACCCCGGAGUUCCAGGAGAAUCAGGAAGACAAGGGGUGAAAGGAGAAGCUGGCCUCACGAGGGAAGACGUCAUCCGACUGAUCAAGGAGAUUUGCGGCUGUGGCAUCAAGUGUAAGGAGGUGCCCAUGGAGCUGGUGUUUGUCAUCGACAGCUCGGAGAGCGUGGGCCCCGACAACUACAACAUCGUCAAGGAGUUUGUCAACACGCUGGUGGACCGCGUCACCAUUGGCCGAAAUGCCACACGCGUGGGACUGGUGCUCUACAGUCACGAGGCGAAGAUUCAGUUCAACCUGACGCGCUACAUGCACAAGCAGGAUGUCCAACAGGCUGUGAGGAACAUGCCCUACAUGGGAGAGGGCACACACACUGGCACCGCCAUACGCAUGGCCACACAGGCGUUCCACAGCGCGCGUAACGGCGUGCGGCGCGUGGCCCUGGUCAUCACGGAUGGCCAGACGGACAAGCGCGACCCGGUCAAGCUGGACAACGCGGUGCGGGAGGCGCACGCGGCCAACGUGGAGAUGUACGCCGUGGGCAUCGUCAACGCCAGCGACCCCACGCAGCAGGAGUUCCUCCGGGAGCUGAACCUCAUCGCAUCCGACCCCGACAGCGAACACAUGUACCUCAUCGACGACUUUGACACGCUGCCAGCUCUGCUGCAGAAGCUGGUGAACCAGUUCUGCGAGGACGAGAACGGCGCGCUGGUCCUCAACCGCGUCAACGGCUACCUCAACGGCUUCAACGGCUACACCAACGGCCACCGCAACAACGGUUACAACAACGGCCACCGCAACAACGGUCACCACAGCAACAACAACAACGGAAACCACAACGUCAUCCCGGACGCCAACGUCUACCUGACCAACACAAACACGCACCGGCAGACGCUGAACGGCAGACACCCCCUGACACCGACCGGCACGCAGACUGAUUCUCACACUAGAACGCACACCGGAACCCAUGCUGGUGGUACAUACACGGAUUCUCAUACUAGAACAACACACACCGGUGGCACACACACUGGUACCCAUACCGGCACGCACACCGAUUCUAGAACACACACCGGGUCUGGGACGCAUAGUAGUGGCAGCACACACACAGGGACACACUCUGGCUGGGAUGACACACACACUGUCGUCGCGACCGGAGGAGGAACUACAGAGCAUGGUUCAUCAGGGGGCACGCAUACACACAACCGGACCCAUGGCUAUGACAGAACCACCGUAAACAGAACCGCCUCCACUGUCUAUGUGCCUGCACCUCAAGCACCAUUCCCUGAGGAGGUGGUUCCUCUGGACCCGCGCUGCGGGCUGCUGCUGGACCCGGGCUCCUGCCGCGAGUACAUCAUCCGCUGGUACUACGACGGCAAGGCCAACGCCUGCGCCCAGUUCUGGUACGGGGGCUGCGAGGGGAACCGCAACCGCUUCGACACCGAGGAGGAGUGCAAGAAGACCUGCGUGGCACUCAGAGCAGGUGGCUAGUGCUGAACAUCCACAACAUUGGAGCGUCACAUGCGGAGAUGGAAUCCACAGCGCCAGAAAGCUGCAUUUCUACCAUUAUAUCGCUAGACCAUUUACACACACCAGACAAAGAUAACACAAUAUAAGAUGUACUGUACAUUAGUACAUGUGUAUUACAUUAGGUGCCCCUGUUGUAAGUUUGUCGUUACCAGAAUGACAAUGACCAAGUAGUGUCAUAGUAGUGGUGGUAAAGAAGUUAAGGGUUUUUUUUUCAGCGAAUAUACAAUACAAUACCAUACAAUUGGCAGAACGAUGUGCAUUAUGAGUCAAAUUCAAAUGACAACUGUCCUUGGCCAAUGACAUUGAUUCUGAUAAGAUCAGAGCAGAUGUCAUCAUCUUUUACGUACGUACCACUGUGACACAGUUUGACAGCAACAAAGAUGAUUUCCCCAAUAUCACCAAUUACCCAUGAAUACUCAUUCUAAUUCAGAAUCAGCUCGCCAUGUAAAUGGUUGGAAGUGAUAUGCGGCACGGACUCAGGCUCCAUGGAGAUGGAUUUCUCGGCAUCUCUGCACAUCCUGCUACUAUACCUCACCAUAGCUCUGCUCAUACUAGGAGCUAUAGCCACAAAAACUGUCCAGUUUCAGUAAUCCAGUCCAGGUAUUACCUUAGGUGCCUUGUGUAAAUACUAUAUACACUAAGUCAGUCCUGACACUUUUUUAUAUCUUAAAUGUAUUUUGUGUUAUUGUUUUGUUUUUAUACUAUUUCUCAUCUCACUCGGGUUAUAAUGUAGAGGGAUCCAGUGAUUCCAUG